AUGUUAUUAAAGAACAUGUCUCAACAGCAACAACAGUUUCAACCAAAGAAUCUAAAGAACAGAAAUCUAAGAAUAGGAUUGGUGAUCACUGGUUUCAUAGCACUUGCAUUUUCAUAUCCUAUCUAUUUCGUAGUGUCCCACCAAAAACAAAAGAGAGAUCCAAAUGAUGCAUACUCUAGAAAUGCUUCGAUCAGAGGUACCUUCUUAAAUGCUGGUUCAAGAGUAUGCAAAUUGAUAAUCAUUAACAAUGAUAGUGUUGAUAUUGGUAGUGAUAAAUCAUAUAUUGGUAAUAUAAGAAAAGAAAAUAACAAUAAUAACAAUAAUGAAAGUUAA